AUGAGGCCGUGGCAGUGGGCGCAGGUGUGGAUGUGGCUGGCUGGGCUGGGGGCCGUAGAAUCAGCACCCAGCCUGGAGAGUGCCAAGGCCUUGGCCCGGGGAGCAGAGUCUCCACUCUUCCUAGACAGACCUGACUUCUUUGAUUACCCAGACUCGGACCAAGCCAGGCUCCUGGCCCUGGCCCAGUUCAUUGGAGAGAGACCUGUCAUCUUUGUUAACUCAGGUUCCAACUCCAGGCUCUUCCAUCACAUCCUGGUGGGCGCUCUGGUGGUGGCCUUCUUCUUCCUGCUUUUCCAGUUCUGCACACACAUGAGCUGUGAGAAAGGGGCCUAA